AUGGACAACCUCUCUCCUGCGCAACCUGACCAGCUCAAUAAUGCUGUUUAUCAGGGUCACUCUGCCACCGGACCGAAAAAGCGCCGCCGAGCUCCCAUUGCAUGCCGCGACUGUCGUUCACGGAAAACAAAAUGCGACCACAUUGACUCUUCAACUGCUCCAGAUGAGAUGCUUCGAGGAAUUAAGAAGCCCGCUCAGAUAUACAUUCGCUCUCUGGAGCGACGACUCCGCAACUUCGAGGAUAAGCAGCGCGAAUGUCCGAGAACUACGGAGUAUCCCAGCUUUCCAAUGUUGAUGCCGGGUACUACGUCCAACAACCGCCAAGAGCCAACCGAAUAUGGGCAGCUGGGAGUUUUAACGGAUGGUCAGCAACGCCAGACUAUCAUCUCGGCAAGCCCUGAGAUAUUCAUGGGCGGUAAGACCGGCGAAUCCUUUACACAGCUUAUUUUAAAUGCUUUGAACUGGGGAUCAGCGAAACUAGAAACUCGCACCUUUUCGUCACCGCGAGAGAGUAUUAAAGAACUUAAAGAAUCGGAUCUUUUCGCCAUACCCUCAACCGCUCGGGGGUUGAUCAAAGUCUUCUUUGAUUUCCACCACGCCUUGACUCCCAUUUUCCAUGCCCCCUCCAUCCUAGCGGAAUUUGACCAGAUGUUAUCUUGUGACUGCUCACAUCUCCGGGACCGCAUAUACACCUUGGCCCUCAUGAACAUGAUCUGUGCUAUUGCUGCGGCGCACGACCUGUUGGGUCAUGGUGGAUCCGAAUCUGUCGCUCGGAAGUAUUAUGACACAGCAAUGCGCCUAGUACUGCCGACCAUUCUUUCCGAUUGGAGCAUCGAAAAAGUCCAGAUCCUGUUGCUGGGGGCGCGAUAUCUUCAGACUGCCAGUUCUCCAGAUGAGUGUUGGAAUGUGUUGGGUCUCGCCGUGCGGAUUGCCUACGGCUUGGAACUUCACCGACCACCCUCCGAAGGCCUCGACUGUCUCUCUAAAGAGGUCCACAAGCGCGUAUGGUAUACAUGCUAUGUACUCGACCAACUGCUCAGCAUGAUCUAUGGACGUCCCACAGCGACAUCGACGGCGACGUCCACUACUCCGCUCCCGGAAGAUUUGGAUGAUGACUUAAUACAACCAAACAGAUUAUUACACCCUUCAGUAAAGACCCCAUCGUCUAUGUCCUUUUUCAUCCAAGUCUCGAAGCUGUAUCGCCUACUUGAGUCGGCGUCUUCACUCAGCGACCCGACUCUUGAACACCUAGCCAAACUAGACGAAGAGUUUGAAUCGUGGUGCUCGGGGGUACCUGCUAGCCUCAAGGUCCAAGAUGGCAUGAGGGCAAAAGAUGAUAAACCUAUUAUUCUCGCUCUGCGGGCGAACAUGGUGCGAAUCCUGAUUCAUCGUCAGUCACUAGUACCAGCUCUCAGUGCCUUGUCCACGAUCGAAGAUCCCCCAGGCCUUUCAGGGUGUCUGCGAGUCGGUAUGCUACAGAAGAGCCGGCAAAUAUGCGUGAGUACGGCGGAGGAAACAAUACAAUUGGUUGGCCUUAGACAUGACCAGACCAUGAAUGCAAUGGGCCCCAGCUGGUUCAACCUGUAUUAUCGUGCGUUACGCGGAUUCUUUUGCCAGCUUAGUGAGAGUGUAGGGGUUGCUGAUCAUUCGCUAGUGUUCAACGCAAUUCUGAUCAUUGUCUCCCAUGUUGUUGAUCCGGAGUACCAGGAGGAUCAGAGCGCCUUAACUUAUCUGGAACAGGCGAUGCAUAUGAUCCGGCAGAUGUCCGCCAACCAUUUCUGUGCCCAGAGUGCCUAUACGUUCCUGCAACAACUUCUAGGACUUCUCGACAAAACGUUGCCACAUGAUCGACAGCGAAUCCGUACACGAACUGAGCGAAACAGCAUACCCCCCUCAACGAGAGAGUCUGUAAUGGCCGAUAGUAAUCCUCCAGAGGAGCUAAAUACUGAUUUGUGGUCCUUCUGGGGAGCUACUCAGGACUUGACGAUGGACUUGGGCUCACAGUUGGACCUACAUUCAGACCUGGGACCAGCAAUGUGGUCUUGGGACGUACCGCAUUCGGGUUCACUGGGCGUCGGGGAAUGA